AUUAAAAUGCUUACGCCGACGGUAAACCGACGAAGCGCGAUCACGUCAUUAGCAUGUGACAUCUGCCAAGUCAAACAGAAAGUUGACUGAAUUUCUUCCUCUUUAUCUGUAAAAAUGAGUGAAAAAACUGGGCCUCAGACCUAUCAGACUAUUCCACAACCCGGGGAGGCUGCUCCAUCAUAUCCCAGUGAACCACCCCCAAAGUAUGAGGCAGGACCUCAAAGUGGCUACCAACAGGCACCACAGCCACAAGGGUAUCCACCCCAGGGAUCAUAUCCCCAGGCUCCGGGAUACAAUGCACAAGGACAGCCUGUAUAUAUGGCACAGACAACUUUAGUGGUACAGCCUCAGAUUGGAUUUGGACCUAAUCCUACGCCGAUGCAAUGUCAGCAUUGCCAUGCCAACAUCAGCACAGCCCUGGAAUAUGAAGCAGGUGCUCUAACCUGGUUAUCAGCUGGUGUUCUCUGUAUAUUUGGAUGCUGGCUGGGAUGCUGUUUGAUUCCAUUUUGCAUCAAUGAUCUGUCUGAUGUCCAGCACAAGUGCCCCAACUGUAACAAGCUGGUGGGCGUGUAUCGAAAGCUGUCUUAAGCCUGCAAACAAUCUGGACCAGCAGUGUCUUUGUUAUCAAAGUGAUUUGGCUGUGGAUAGAGUCUUAUCAGUAACUAUCCAAGGAAUAUUGUCAUGUAUAUACAUUUACCAUAAUUCAGUGAUGACACAUUGUGGAGAGUGUCCUUUUAGCUGAACUUAAGAAUGAUGACACAUUACAAAUACUGAUUAAUUAUGUUUAUAAAAGCUUUUGAAAUGUGUAAAUCAGUAAAAAUUAUUAAAAAAAAUCCAAAUUAUUGUUUAGGCACAAUACAUAAAAAUGACAUUUAAAAUCAAUAAUAUAGGUGGGGUGUUUUUUGAAGCAAAAAUGGUGCAAUAGAAUAAAAAUAUAAAGGAAUGUGCUGGCUACAAUAUUCAAUACCCAUUCACAUAAAUAUAUUGUUAUAUGUAUAUAUAAACUUCACUAGAAUUUAACCUGAACCUUCUAUUGGCUGUCAGUUGGGUUUUUUUCCCAUUUCUCUUAUGAAAGGUGUUUCCUCAAUAACAUUGUCGAUUAAACAGCUAUGUUUGUGCUAGGUUUAGCAGAGUGGCAUCAAUUAUUGUGAAAGCUGAACCAUUGAGACAGUAAAAAAAAUCAUCCAUUGAAACUGAGUUCCUGAAAUAUUGUGGGAUAUCAAUUUUUGCACAAAUCUACAACUAAUAAAUUAGAAGUGCCAUGUCGGUUGUACUUGUAUACUACUUUCUGGCACCAAAAAAUAUAUAGAACUUCAUUAUUUCUGAGAUUGUGAUAGUUAAAAUUUCCUUGUCGAGCGGAGCGAGUUGAAUUUUUUUUCUGAAGAUGUAAUACUUUUAAACUAUUUCAAGCACUACCAUGCGUAGAAAGCAAGAAUUUUUCGGACCUUAAUUCCAUUGUCAAACAGAUCGAGUGAGGCAUACAAUAGUUUUCUGAGUUUGCUGUAUUAUAUUUUUUAAUUGGUAUAAUCAUGAAACCACAGGUGAAAAUACAAAUUUAUCUAUCAUGAAAUGGACUCUA